UCCCUUCGGCAGGUGUUUGCGGCCUGGGCCUGGCAGCGCAGCCGGCGAGGAAGGUGUCGUACUCGUGCUACGACCUGCACGAGGCGUCGGGUCCCUUGCCGGGCGAGGUGGGGGCCCCCGAGCGCCCCCUCAGCACCCGCUGCUUGCCCCGAGACCGGCCCGCGUGCUGGGGCGUCCCACCCAAGCCCGUCCAGGCGCAGCGCCGCCACGUCUACGUCACGCGCUCUGCCCCGCGACCCUCCCACGGGAACUACGACGCCCACUCGGGCAGCCCCGCCCGCAGCAUUUCCCACGUCCACUGCGCUAUGAACGGGAGCGUGGGCGGCCUCCCGUCGCAGUCGUGGACGACGAAUCGGCUCUUCCGGCCUCCGAACAUUCGCCCCAGGGUCUACAGCGACUGCCCCAAGGGCUCCACCGCCUCCCGCAGCCUCCGCAUCAAGAAAUGGCUCCAGAGCAGGCAGACCAGCAUGGGAUCGCAGGACCCGUCGUUCGCAUCCGUGGACGAAGGCGAUGAAGAAGGACGACUCCCAAGCCACUUCCUGGACGACAUAACCGAGGUAUCGGAAAACGUCUUUAAUAGGAAGGAGAAGCGCACCUUCCGCGUGAGCGCCAUGAAGACGCGUCGGCGGCGCCAGUGGCGGACGACGGCCGACCGCGAGAUCAGCCCCGCCUCCGAGACCAGCCACGUCGACAGCGAGGCCAGCGUGACCUUCGACAAGACCCUCCUCGAGGUCACCGAAGGCUGGAACUCUCAGGCGGUGCGAGAGCAUCGCAUCAAUGCUCUUAGGACCUUUCUGACCACCAGGAACCAGCCUCUCGCAGUCCUCAACCUCCUGGAGGCCGGAAAGGUAUCCGAGGCCAUCGCGAUGGCCAGAGAAUGCAAGGUGCGCGUGCAGCUGGACGUGUGUCUGUUGUGGGCGUGUCAGCAGGGCGCGGCGGACAUCGUGCGCUCCCUGGUGGCCGCGGGCGCGAGCGUGGAGGCCCAGGACAGCGACGGCUGCGGCCCGCUCCACCUGGCAGCGGAGAGCGGCUCGGAGGAGGUGAUCCAAGUGCUGGUGGAGGCCGGGGCGAAGGCGGGCUCCUACAGGGACUGGGACCUGCACGAGAAACUGACGCCUCUGAUGCUGGCCGCCCGGAGUGGGUGCGUCGGUGGCAUCAAGAUCCUGCUGGCCGCGGGCGCAGACAUCGACGCGGGGCUCGACACCACCGGUGAGACGGCGCUGCACCACGCCGUCCGCGCCGGCGUGCCCGAGUGCGUGCAGCUGCUGAUUAGUUCGGGGGCGACGGUGAACCCCACCACGCUGUACAGCGAGUCUCCUUUACACGUGGCUGUGUACGAGGACUUGCCCAACGUGGUGGAUAUCCUCCUGAGCGCCGGGGCCAAUGUGAGAGCCUCGAAGGGCACGGGCAAGAUGACCGCCCUCCACAUCGCCUCCAACGAAGGCUACUACACCAUCGCGCACCAGCUGCUCAAGGCCGGCGCCAACCCCAACCAGGAGAAUCAGAUGGGCCAGACGGCGCUGCACUUGGCGGCCAAGUCGCAGAGCUACGACACGGUGCAGGUGCUCCUGAGCUUCAGCGCCGACCCGAACGCCCGCGACCGCGACCUGAAGACGCCCCUGCACUACGGGAUCUUCAAGGGCUCGAGGUCGCACGAGUGCCUCCGGCUCCUGCUGGAGGCGGGGGCGGACACCAACGCGGCGGAUCUGUCCGGCUACACGCCCCUGCACAUCGCCGCCGUCCACGACUCCUCCUACUGCGUCCUGCUGUUCCUGAAUCACGGCGCGGACGUGACGGCGCGCACGCAGGGCGGCGUGUCGGCCCUGCACCUCAUCCUCCGCAGGACCCCGACGGUCCUCGCGCACAUCCAGGAGAACCUCGACGCCGCCAUCUCCUUCACCGACCAUGACCAUCAGGAGAGAGAUUCUCAGGCCCAGAUAAACUUCCGUGUGUUGGUACCCGGCGACACCAUUGGCAUGGAAAGCCGCAUGCUCUCGUGUUUCAGCCGUGAAGGUCAGAAGUUACUCCUGAAACACCCUGUUUGUGAAAUCUUCCUCUUACUGAAGUGGCUUCGCGUCCGAAACUUCUUUAUUUUCAACCUGGUCUUCUACUCCGUGUUAGUCGCUCUACUGACUUGCUAUAUCAUGGUGGUGUUUCCAGCAUCUUCGUGCUACCACCUGAACGCCACCACGCAGUCCACGCAGCUGGCUGAUUCUCAAGGUCCUCCUCCCUUCGAGGACGAGGAAGAUAAUCUCCUGAGAGAGAGGUGUGGCCUGCACUACGAAGCCUUCAUGGUCAGUCUGCUGUACAUCAUUUGGUUCGGCUUCGGGAUCUUAGUCCUGAAAGAGAUUUUCCAAAUGCUCGACACCCCGCGGACUUACUUCUCCUCGUGGGACAACGCUCUCAUCUGGCCCAUCAUCAUCUUCACGCUGACCAUAACCAUUUCGUCUUACGUCCGCCACGACACGAGGGACUGGGAGCACCAUCUGGCCGCCCUCGUCAUCCUCCUGACGUGGGCGGAGCUCCUCUCCCUCGUCGGCAGAUUUCCUUUGUUCGGGGUCUAUAUCCACAUGUUUACGCACGUGACCAAGAAUUUCGCCAAGUUCCUGUGUGCGUACGCCUGCUUGCUCACCGCCUUCUCGCUGAGUUUCGGAGUGCUCUUCCCGAACCAGAAGUCGUUUGGGCAGUACGGCGCCAGGUUGAUAAAGACGAUGGUCAUGAUGACGGGCGAGAUCGAGUACAAUGAUUUGUUUUAUGGUGACGAGACGAUACUGUACCCGGCGACGACGCACAUCAUAUUCUACGUAUUCCUCAUUUUUGUCACAAUCAUCCUCAUGAAUCUGCUCGUCGGCCUCGCGGUUUCAGACAUCCAGCGGCUGCAGAAGUCGGCGGGCCUCGACCUCCUCGUGCGUCAGACCGACCUCAUCUCGCACUUCGAGGCCAUCAUGUUCAGCAAAUGGCUCAAAUGGAUCCUGCCCAAGGGAAUACUUCGACUGCUGCACCACAGUAUAUCGCUGUGCCCAUCGCUGUAUGGCUGGACGCACGUCUUGACGCAGAAGACGUUGCGGGACACAGGUCUCCCUCAAGAAACCAUGGACGUGGUUCUGCGCAUCGCCCGCACCCGCGACCACGUAUCUCGCCGCAGGAACGCCUUCGCCAACUUCCGCACGCUCAGCAAGACGGCCCAGUACUCGAACGACGCGGACGGCAACGUGGAGAGCAGCAUGGACGCCCUCCGCUUCGGGCUGGACCUGCUCGUGUGGGAUGCCGACGAGAGGAGAGAGGAUACGAGGCAGAUGAAGGAUGAUCUGGCGAUGGUCACGUCCGAGGUUGAGAAUAUGGCGCAGAUCAUGAACGCCAUAACCUUGCAGAAAGUGAGCACGUCUUGCCAGCACGAAGACGAACGAUCGAGCGUUUACACGUCCUGUGAAACGACGAAUUUCUCUAAAUUGUGCUAAUUCCAACUUACCUCCUAAAAUCCCUUCCAACGAGGCUUGAUUGCACUUGCUUCCUCAUUUCAGCUACCAUCUUCAACAAAGGCACAUAACUGGUUCUCUAGGAUUACAUUAUCAAUACUAUUUUUCGUGCCAGUGCGUGAAGUUGAUUUAACCUAUUAGAUUGUAAAGGGUGACACUGUAACAAAAUGUAUCUCACUUUCAUCCAUGACAAUCAUUAUAUCACAGGCUAAUGGUUAUUCUUGUCACCCGCGGGUCACAUCCCAAGGACCGCUUUGGCCAGCGGGCUAUAAAUUUGACCUACUCUUUAUUACACCCUGGCUUAGGGGUAGCAAGCACUUCGUGGUAAUAUGUUUAGCAUUUGCUAUGGGUUUUAUUUCAAUUGAUAUUUCUGAGGGUUUUACAGACUUACUGUAGAAAUCGAAUUACUGGUUUAGUUUAGUCCACUGUCAGCUCGUAGAUUAUUCAUGUCAUUAUGGUACUGCAUGAAUUUGAAUACUGAUUGAGCAGUAAUUCACAAGAAGUGUUUUUGAUUACUUCAAGAUGCCCAUACAGGAAUGCUUAAAUACUUAAAUAAGCACUAGUCUUCUUACUAAUCUAAGAAUAAGUAGGUUAGUAAAUCAAAUGUCAAAUUACAGAUCUGUGUGACUAUGAAACUCACAUUGAUGAGUCAAAAUGAAAAUAAAGUUACUGAUCUCAA